AUGGAUUUGCGUAGCAACUUGCAUAGUUUUUUGGAGUUCUAUAAAGUCGGAUGGAAAGUGUAUAAGGAUCCUGAAUUUGAGCCCAAUCACCCUGCGAUUUAUUUCUUCAGGGAACAGAUGAAAGCAAUGGUUCUAUACACCACCUCAAAGGAACGUCAGCUGCCCUACCGAUCCAUUUGGCACACUUUUGUGCUUAUUCAAACUUCUGUGUUUUUUGCUUCAGUAUGCUACGGCUUAACGGAAUCGAUUGGGGAUAAUGUUCAAAUCGGCCGGGAUCUUGCUUUUAUAAUUGGGGCUUUUUUCAUCAUCUUCAAGAUGUUCUAUUUUCUAUGGUUUGGUGAUGAUCUCGACGAUGUUAUCAACGAACUGGUAAAACAUCAUCCUUGGGCAUGGAAAGGUCCUGGAUGUGUGGAUGUUCGGCCUUUGAAGCGAUGGUCCUUUUGCUUGGGAUUUUUCUUGGCGUCAUCUUGGUCGUUUUUUCUAAUAAUUUUCCUUUUGUUACUUAUGACGACACCUUUGUGGGUUCAACAGCAGAAUCUUCCUUUCCACGCAGCCUUUCCUUUUCAGUUGCACGACCGAUCGACCCACCCAAUAACCCACGCCAUAAUCUAUAUAUCUCAGAGCUUUCUAAUGACGUAUGCCAUAGUUUGGCUUAUGUGCAUCGAGGGACUAUCCGUGUGCAUUUAUUUUGAGUUGACCUUUGCCACAGAGGUUCUGUGUCUCGAACUUAAACACCUUCACCGGAAAUGCGAUGACAAUGCGAAAUUAAGAUUGGAGACGAAUCGAUUGAUCAGGUUCCAUCAGAAGAUCGUUGAAAUUUUAAAUCGUACCAACCACGUUUUCCAUGGAACUCUCAUCAUGCAAAUGAGCGUGAACUUUGCCUUGGUUUCCUUGUCCGUUUUGGAGGCCAUGGAGGCCCGAAAAGAUCUCAAGGUGGUGGGUCAAUUUGGAGUUCUCAUGGUUCUUGCUUUGGGACACCUUUCCAUGUGGUCGAUGUUUGGAGAUAUGUUAUCCCGGGAGUCGUUGAAAAUUUCACAGGCUGCUUAUGAAGCAUAUGAUCCUGCCAAGGGAUCCAAAGAUGUUUAUAAAGAUCUCUGCUUUAUAAUUCGAAGUGCCCAAAAUCCUUUGAUUAUGAGAGCCAGCCCAUUUCCUUGCUUUAAUUUAGUUAAUUAUGCUGCUAUACUCAACCAAUGCUAUGGCAUCCUGACAUUUUUGCUAAAGACUUUGGAAUAAAUAAUAGC